AUGACGACCUCUGCCUUGCGUCGACAGGUGAAAAACAUUGUGCACAAUUAUUCUGAGGCAGAAAUCAAGGUGCGUGAGGCCACCUCCAAUGAUCCUUGGGGACCCCCCAGCUCUUUAAUGUCUGAGAUUGCUGACCUGACCUUCAACACAGUGGCUUUUGCCGAGGUCAUGGGUAUGAUCUGGAGACGGCUGAAUGACAGUGGCAAGAACUGGCGUCAUGUCUACAAGGCCCUGACUCUUCUAGACUACCUCAUUAAAACAGGCUCAGAGAAGGUGGCUCAUCAGUGCCGUGAGAAUCUGUAUACCAUUCAGACUUUAAAGGAGUUCCAGUACAUAGACCGUGAUGGCAAAGAUCAAGGCAUCAACGUUCGUGAAAAAGUGAAGCAGGUGAUGAGCUUACUAAAGGAUGAAGAGAGGCUGAAGCAGGAGAGAACCUACGCCUUGAAAACCAAAGAACGGAUGUCCAUUGAAGGUAUGGGCAUUAGCAGCAGCAACAGCAACAGCCACCAGCUGGCCUAUGGACGGCGGGCAUCACAGUAUGGCGAUGACUACAGCAGAUCAAGAGGUUCUCCAUCCUCCUUUAAUUCUUCUUCAUCAUCUCCUCGGUUCAGCUCUGACCUGGAGCAGGCAAGGCCACAGACUACUGGUGAAGAGGAGCUCCAGCUCCAGCUUGCCCUGGCAAUGAGUCGAGAAGAAGCAGAAAAGGUGACGGCUUUUGUUCCUUAG